AUGCAUACAAGCAGAAACCAACAAUCAACCGUGUUCCUAUCGCCACGCUAUAAUAUGCGACGUAACACGGUCGCGUAUCAGCAAAAGGGUCAAACAACGUGUCAAUUUCAGAUGCCUGUACGAAGGUUCUCACCGAUUCCGAUGAGCGCCGAGGAAGAGCGAAAGUUCUUGAUGACUCGUUUGCACACUCUACAAGCAAAAGUGUUAACGUCAAAUUUGAGGUUGCCUCCACAAUUCAAGGCGAAACUCGACCUAUGGCUAAUGAGGUGUGUGUCUCGUACGAGAGCGAAACGGCUUAUUCUGAAUGAGUAUUUCGGCUCGUUACGACCAGAUGUACUUGGCGAUUUUUUUUUCUCGGCAGGCAUUGUAGCUUAA